UCGGUGUCACCUCUAGGAAGUACCGCAAAAGAUAAACCGGGAGAAAGUUUGCAGCCAUUUAAAUUUAUUUUUUUUGCAUAAGAACAGUCUGAAAUUUCGUCAUGGCGCUCGCCGUAAUCAGCUCCGUGGAGGAGCUCAUCGAUCGUUACAACAUAAACCUCACACAACUGGCGUUCUGCAUCUUCAUCGCAACCAUCGUGUUCUUUGGCAGUUUGAUGACCUUUUUGGAGUCCCAUCUGCCGAACAGCAUACGGCAAUCGUUUCGCUAUGGAAAGCAUAGCCACAAGGGUGAGGCCGAUGCGCUAAUUAGCUACUUGGAAGUGCCCAAAGCCUGGUUCAAGCAUUUCUACAUCUUUGCCUUUGGCUGGUCCCUGCUGGCGCUGUAUCUGCUGGCCACCUCCAUUGCAAACCAAACUGCAGCGCCGGAAUAUGCCUUGCGCUUUCUGGAUCUGGUGUGCGGCGGUCCCAGCAAUCGCAAAGUGCAAGUGGACUCUACGACGGCUCUGCUGGGCACAGUGAUGCUCACGUUGCAGUGCAUUCGGCGCUUCUACGAGACGAACUUUGUGCAAAUCUUUUCGAAGCAGAGCAAAAUGAAUCUGUCGCACUAUGCCGUGGGCUUUGUGCACUACUUUGGUGUCAUUGUCUCGCUGCUGUCCAAUACGGCGGGAUUUGUGCGCGGCUCCCAGCCCACGGAGGUUACGCGCAAGAGUUUCUCCCAGUUGCAUGUCAUCUACCUGCUGGUCUUUCUGUUUGCCUGGCAUCAGCAGUACGCGAGCAACAUGAUAUUGGUAAAUCUGCGCAAGGAUGCCAAAACGGGUGCCGUGAAGACGGAGCAACAUUUGCUGCCCAAGGGCGGUUGGUUCACUCUGCUAUCCUCGCCACACAUGUUCUUCGAGGUGGUUAUAUAUUUCUGCCUGGCGGAUCUGUUCACGCCAGUGCGCACCUGGAAGCUGGUGUUCCUGUGGGUGGUCAGCAAUCAAACUAUCAAUGCCUUGCUCAGCCAUCAAUGGUACAAGGAGACCUUCAAGGACUAUCCCAAGCGUCGUCGUGCCAUACUGCCAUAUCUGCUGUGAGAGAGAGAGCGAGACUUGCUUUUUCUAUUGUACAAAUAAUUUAGUAGUGGAAUUUUAUUAAAGUCGUUUUUUUACACACACGCAAAAAA